AUGUCAUCUAGCGACAUUUUCGCAGUCAAUGCGGCCGCCGCCAUCAAUGCGUCGUCUAUCGUCCAGGACUAUCGCGUCAAGCCCACUAUCGACUACAGAACGGUUUCCGGCGUCAACGGGCCCUUGGUCAUUCUCGACAAUGUCAAGUCCCCAAAGUUCUCUGAAAUCGUUACGCUCACGCUCCCGGACGGCACCAAGCGUGCGGGCCAGGUGCUGGAGGUGCAGGGCCAGCGUGCCGUCGUGCAGGUGUUUGAGGGCACGUCGGGCGUCGACACAAAGUCCACGCACGUCGAGUUCACUGGCGACACGCUCAAGAUGCCCGUGUCCGAGGACAUGCUGGGGCGCAUUUUCAACGGAUCCGGUAAGCCCAUUGACAACGGACCCAAGGUAUUUGCUGAGGACUACCUGGACAUCAAUGGCAUGCCGAUCAACCCCUACUCGCGCAUCUACCCGGAAGAGAUGAUCCAAACGGGUGUGUCCGCCAUUGAUACGAUGAAUUCAAUUGCGCGUGGCCAAAAGAUCCCUAUUUUCUCGGCUGCCGGCUUGCCGCAUAACGAGAUUGCCGCACAGAUCGUGCGCCAGGCCGGCCUGGUCAAGCCACAGGUCACCAAGGACGUGCACGAUACGCACGAGGACAACUUUGCCGUCGUGUUUGCCGCCAUGGGCGUCAACAUGGAGACGGCGCGGUUCUUCAAGCAGGACUUUGAGGAGAACGGCUCGCUCGAGCGCGUCACUCUGUUCCUCAACCUGGCCAAUGACCCGACCAUCGAGCGCAUCAUUACGCCGCGCCUGGCCCUGACCACUGCCGAGUACUACGCCUACCAGUUGGAGAAGCACGUGCUGGUUAUCCUGACCGACAUGAGCUCGUACGCUGAUGCGCUGCGCGAAGUGUCGGCCGCCCGCGAGGAGGUGCCCGGCCGCCGCGGGUACCCCGGGUAUAUGUACACGGAUCUGUCGACGAUCUACGAGCGCGCCGGGCGCGUCGAAGGCCGCAACGGGUCGAUCACUCAGAUCCCCAUUCUGACCAUGCCUAACGACGACAUCACCCACCCGAUCCCUGAUCUCACAGGAUACAUUACCGAGGGCCAGAUCUACGUCGACCGCCAGCUGUAUAACCGCCAGAUCUACCCUCCAAUCAACGUUCUCCCCUCGCUCUCGCGUCUGAUGAAAUCCGCCAUCGGCGAGGGACUCACGCGUAAGGACCACGGCGAUGUGUCUAACCAGCUCUAUGCCAAAUACGCUAUUGGCCGCGAUGCCGCUGCCAUGAAGGCUGUGGUUGGCGAGGAGGCGCUUUCGCCGGAGGAUAAGCUGUCGCUUGAGUUUUUGGAGAAAUUUGAGCGCACGUUUAUUGCUCAGGGCGCUUAUGAGAAUAGGACGAUUUAUGAUUCGUUGGAUUUGGCUUGGGGCCUUUUGCGGAUUUUUCCAAAGGAAAUGCUCAAUCGUAUUCCGCAGAAGGUUAUUCAGGAGUUUUAUGCUAGAAGAGAAGUACCUAGUGUCGAGGAUGAUGUGGAGGAAGAUGAGGAGGACGAGGAUGAGGAGGAUUGA